AUGCAACGAAUUGCCGAAGACAGCGAGAAUUCCGACGACUAUGCGGAGUCAGACGACACAUUGCUCGGGACGGACGACAUCUUGCCCAGCGCCGCCAAAGUACGCCCAGAAACCUCUCGAGUUUGUCGCUGGGCUUCGCAAAGCAUUCGUCUCACUCGACUCGUCCUGGACAGACUCCUGCUGCUACUCGGCUUCGCAGCAUGCGUCAGCGGCUUCGUGGUGUUCAGCGGGAACUUCCGCAAUCUGGAAGUAUAUGGUGGCCUGUCACACUGGAUCAAAGGCGGCGUCUUCUUCUGGUGCGGCCUUCUCGCGCAUGGUCGCUGGAUCGGCGCGUUUGCAGAUUUCGGUUGGGCAUGGAACAUAAAGCCCAAGGGGAAAGCGACGAGAACGCCUUCGCUCGAGUUUUUCGAGUCUUUCUUCAUAUGGCUCUACGGAGCAUCGAAUGUCUUUCUCGAGCACUUGUCCAACUGGGGUGGCGAAUGGUCGGCCACGGACUUUGAACAUAUCAGCAUUACACUGCUGUUUUUCGGCGGCGGUCUUCUUGGCAUGCUGGUGGAGUCCGACGGGGUACGUCGGAUGCUGGAUAACGCAUUGCGAUCGCCUCCAAGGAAAGUGUCUCUGAAUCCAAUUCCCCCUUUGACAAUCAUGCUACUCGGCCUCAUGAUGUCUUCCCAUCACCAACAAACCGAACUGGGUACGAAGCUGCACAGCCAAUGGGGCCUCCUCUUCUGCGGUGCAGCGAUUUUCCGACUCAUCACACUGAUCAGUCUGCACCAUAAGCCACCAUCACAUCAGCCUUCACGGCCAAUGACCGAGCUAGUGGUUGCAUUCUGCCUGACGACCGGCGGGAUUCUUUUUAUGAUGAGUGGUCGUGACUCGAUUGCAGGCCUAGCCUCGAGUAAGAUCAUGGCGAUGACAGCAUUCACCGCCACGGCAGGACUAUCCGCAGUCAUCCUCAGCUGGGAGGUCGUGGUAUUCGCAAUCAAAGGCUGGGCGCAGAAGCGCGAGCCACAAUGGAUCGGCCCAGACAAACCAUUCUCGAAGUGA